AUGGAAUCCUCAAAGCUUAAUAAAUAUAACGAAAGUUUACUAAUAAAUCAAAGCUAUAACUAUUGGAAUUGCUCCUUAAAAAAAAAAAUUGGUGAUUUUUUGGAAUAUUUUUCAAUUCGGAGUUCUGAUACUAAAUAUAAUAUGGAUGACCAUAAAAAGUUUGUUGAAGAAAUUAUUAAGAAUUAUAAAUUAAACUCUGAGGAUAUUAAUCACAAAAUGAGUUUAAAAUUUUCUGAUAUAUUUGCUACUUUUCUUCAUUGGACCUUUUCUGAAUUGAGAAAAGAUACUAUAGAUAAUGAAAGUGUAACAUCUUUGGAAAAUAACAUAAAGUUAAUUAUUAAUGGUCUAGAUUUUAUUUUAUCUUCUGAAUAUUUAUAUAGUAGUAUAUGUAUAAAUAAUCCCAGUAUUAUUGGGGAUCUUGUAUGUCUGGCCAUAAAUAACAAAAUAUCACUGAAUAUCCGAUGUAGUAUUGCUUAUUACAUACUACAGUUAAUAACAUAUAAAGUAGCUGGAGAUAUAAGUAUAUACUGCUUAAAACUAAGAUAUACACUAAUUAAAGUGUCAGAACUCAAAUUACUUUGGACAGUAUCAAUGGAUACUCAUCCAGUUCUAAAAAGUACUUCAAUUACAGAACCAUAUAUAUUAUCACAUAACUUCAGCCAUUUAAAAAUUGCCUCAAAACUAAAUAAAGAUACUAUUAUUUUGUUUACAUCGUAUAUAUUAGAGUUAUUUGCAACUAUACUUCACUAUGAUCGCUAUAUUACUAGUCAAGGGCUAUUAGAGUAUUGCCUGGAUAUUGUUAAUGGACCUUAUAUAAACAAGCUUUUUGGUCUUUCACUAUGUGAAUAUGAUAAUCUCAGUAUUCCAGCCUCUUUAAUUCUUCGUUCUAUAAUAUUAUAUUCUAAAGAAGAACAGAUUAAGUUCAUAUUAGGUGAAAUUAAGAAAAAUGGCAUGAUUCUCUUGUUUUUUGCUGCAUUGUUUACUCCACUCAGCAAUAAAAUAUUGAUUGAUGAGGAGAUUAAUAGUGUUGAUACUAAGCUAUUAGAUAAGUGGAUAUUGAAUACUCAAAUAAUAUCAAUACUAUGUCAGCAUGACAGUCAAAUUAUGAAUUUUUUAUACAGAAUAUUUCCUGUCAAAUUUACUAGUAUACUUAAAAAUUUAAGAUUUUCCAGUGUAACUAAUGGGAAUGUAAAAGAUUCCAAUAAAUUACUAUGGCUACCAAUUCAAUGUAACUGGUAUACAACUAAUUCCUAUAUAGAACCAAUAAAAGAAUUUAAAUAUCAAAAUAAAAUAUCAAGAUAUAUAGAAAGUAUAUAUUUAAAUGCUAAUCUAGUUAAUAAAUCUGGAUAUUGUUCAGAAACUUCUAGAUUAGAUAGUUUUAAUGAAGUUUGCACAACAAAUGAAGGCUGGAAUUUAUGUAAUAUUAAAGAUUACUUGAAUUUACUAUUAAAUUAUAGUAUAUCAAAAUUACAGACUAUUAAUAAGCAAAUUAGUUCUGAAGUUUCUAAUCCUAAUGAUAAAGUUAAAUAUUGUAAUGGUAGUAAGAUAUUUUAUGAAGAAUUAUUUUUUAGUACUAAUAAUAAAAAGUAUAAAACAAGUUAUUAUCCAGAUUUUGUAUGGUAUAUAUUCUGGGAUUUGUGUUACAACAAUUAUGAUGAUCAAAUAGAUUUAAUAUGGAAUGAAAAUGUAAAAAAAGACAUACAAUAUUGCCUUGUAAAUGAAUAUGAGAGGAUAGAAACAUAUAAUAAUUUAUCAUAUAUUUGGAAUAUCAAUAAUUUCUACCCAUCCAUCCCAUCAAUUUCUAAAGAACUAAAGAUAGCUGAUUCAGUUUAUGUAAGGUUACUUCUACCAACAUUAUUUUAUUUAAAAAAAUACAUAGGAAUAUUUUCACAAAAAAGUAAUAAAGAAGAUAAUAGUGAUUUUUUUAUUAUUUGUAAUGAAGUUUACAAAAAAAAAUGUCACUUUAUUGGUUAUAUGUAUGGUUGUAAUAUAUCAAAGUCAAGUGAAAUAGGUACAAUUAAUCCAAAUACUGUAUUACCCAUAAAAUUGGAUUUUUAUGAACAAGAUUAUUCUCAAUUAAGUGUAAAAUUUGUGAGACAUAAAGAUAAAAAUAAUGCUGUUAAAGUUAUUGAAAAUAUAAUUAAAAAUAAAAUAAAUUAUAUCUUAGGUAAUUUGAUGGAAAUUAAGAAAGUAUAUUUUUGUAAUGAAACAAUAAAGGUGAAUCAAAUAAAUAAAUCAAAAAAAGAAUAUACUGAAGAUAAAAAAGUAGGGAUAGGGGACAGUUAUAUUAGUAGUCAAUUUGGAGAAUGGGAAAUUUUAGUAGAUUUAGAGAAUACUACAGGAGGAUAUAAUGAUAAUAUAGUGUUAGACGAAAGGCUUCAAAAGGCACUUAAUAAGAGUAAAUUACCAUAUAUUCAAUGUAUUGAAACAACACAGAAAAUCAGAUAUAUCUUUGAAUCAAUAUACCAAAGGAUUACUAUUGAAAAUAAUCCAGCUAUUAAAACAUAUUUAUUAUGUAAUUAUAUAUGUUUAAUUAUCAAUUUUUGUGAAUUUAUAACUGAAGAGCAAAUUGUAGCUCAUUUACCAUACAUGAUGUCAAUGAUAAGUCCUACUAAAAGUUAUGAUAUUGAUAUUAAAUAUGAAGAAUGUCAGAUAAUAUAUGUAAUUCAUUUAAUGUUGAGUCUAAAUAAAAAGGCAAGAAACCAUUUUUUAAGCUUAGGAGGAAUUCAAUUAAUAAUUCAUCAUAUAGCUGAACUUCAAAUAUGUUAUUCAUUUAGUAAGCAAACAAGUAUUUAUAAUUCUAUUAAAGUGUCAGACAAUGAUACAGAAGAUAGUGAACUUAAUGAAGUUUUAUAUAAAUUAUAUAUAAGUGAGGCAUAUUAUGAAUAUUAUAUGAAUAAAUCACGUAAAUUAACUGUAGAUAGACCAGAGCUAAUAAAUUUGAAAUUAAUAAUAUAUUCACAUCAGAAAGAUCUUGGAAAUAAGAAUUUUUUUAUACGUAAUAGUGAUGAUUAUAUAAAAAGUCGAAAUAUUGAAAUAUUUUUAUUAUAUCCUCCAUUUAAUAUUCUUACCCAAAGUAAAGGUAUUUAUUUACUAAAUUCUAUGUCAUCUAAGACAUCUUCCAUAAAUUGUGAUCAUGAUCAAUAUAUGAAAUAUAUGGAUGAUUAUAAACUUCCAGUUCCUAAUUUUCCAAUUAGACAAGAUAGUGUUCUACAAUCUUCUAAUUUUACAUUAACAAAUACAUCAGAUUUCUCAAAUUCAUCUUCACCAUUUUGCAGUACUCCAAAUAAUUAUAUAAACCAUGAUAAUAUUACCGAAAUGAAUACUGGUCGAGUAGAAUAUCCAAAUUUUCUAGAAUAUUUAGAUAAGAAUAUUUUAAAUAAUAUAAAAAUGGAUGGAUCCAUUAGAAAUACACUUAAUUCCUCAAUUAAACAUAGUCCAUUGUUAUACUGGCUUAUAACAGUAAAUAAUUGCAUCAAUAUAUCAGAUGAAUGGGUAUCUUAUUUAAUAUCAAAUAAUGACUUAAUUUUUCAAUUAAUAAAAUUGUUACUAGUUAAAUUAACAUCAGUAUCUGAAUAUCAAUAUUAUCACAUGUACUGGAUUAUCAAUAUAAUAGACAAACUAAUAAAUAAAAGUCCAAUUAUUAUUAUCAAUAUUGUCAAUAAUUUUGGAAUUGAAAUGUUAUUAUUUGCUCUUUUAAGAUUUAAAAGUAUUUCAGUAUAUAACGAAGAAAUAUAUAUCGACUCAGAUAAUAUAUCAUGUGAUAUAGUAAAUAUUGAACAAGGAUUAAUAUAUUUACUAAAGAAUUAUGUUAAAGUAUUGAAUAAUUUAGUAAAAGUGGAAUACCUAAAUAAAAAUAAAUUUGGUAGUACUAGUUUAAAAUUCAUUGAUUCUAUUGUAAUUGAUACAUAUGACGAAUUAAAUUAUAUUCAUUUUCCAGUAUGCUCAAAAUAUAAAUGUAUCUGUGGGAAAAUUGAUUGUCCUAAAAAGCAAAUCACUCAUGAAUAUCAAAUAUCAAAUAAUAAAGAAAUUAACAUUAUUGAGAAUAUAUAUGAUCAGGAAUAUUCAAAAUUAAUGGAUAAAUACUGUGUAAUUAAAUAUGGUUUAGGGACUUUUUAUCUAACUAAAUAUAUUCCUUUAUCUCUGAUACAUUUAUUAUUAAUGGAUAAUACAGAUGAAAAUUAUUGUAUCAAAUCAUUUCAUAAAGUUAUUAAUUGCAACAUCCAUUGCCCAACUAUUAAGUGGUCUAUAACAGAUCGUAUAAAUGUUCUUAAUCAUAUAUCUAAUAUCAUACAUCCAUAUUCUCUGAGAUUGGAUUCUGAUCAUUGUUUAUUACUUCCAUGUAAUAUAAUUGAAUAUAAAGAAAAUCUUAAUAUUAUCAAUAAAAAAACCCUCAUGAAUGAAGAAUUAUAUAUAUAUGGUUAUUAUAUAGUUGAAAUGUCUAACUUCAGUACUGAUUUUUGUAUUCAAAACAUUUAUCCAGAGAUUCAGAAAAGAUUCCAUAAAAGCAAUAAUAAUUAUCUAGAAAUGAAUAAAAUAUUUGAAAUAUGGAAAUCUGUUUCUAUCAAACAAUGUAUUAAACUAAUGGAUAUAAUACAUUUAUCACCAGAUGGUUUACCCCAAUUAUUUGUUGAAUAUCUUAUAUCAAAAAAUUAUGAUAUAGAAAAUAUUAAAAAUGAGUAUGGUAUUAUAUAUAAGGAAAUGUGGAAUUUAUUAGAUGGACACUUUAGUUAUUAUUUUACUCUUUAUAUUAAAAACAAAGAUAUAAAUGAAGAAAAUAUUUUAUUUAAUUAUUUAACAAAUAUCAUCAAAUUACAACAUUCCCUAUUAUUAUGUGGAAUUUCAUUUUUUAUUAAUUGUGGUAUUAAGAUGGAAUGUAAAGAUAUUAGUAAUGAUUGUAACAAGUCCUAUAGAGAUUUAUUUGAAAUAAAAGAUAUUCAAGUUUGUAACACAUUAUAUACAAGUCAUCUAUCGGGAUUUUAUUUACUGAGUAAAAUCAUAGAUGAUAAAAAUGACAAUGAAAGAAUAAGGCAAUUAUAUUAUAAUAUUUUUAAAGUUCUAAAUCUGAUUUUAUUUUACAAGAUUAGUAAUAAUAUAGAUACAGAAAUUCCAAUAUGUAAAAGUAUAUUUCAUCAAUGUAUCAAAAUAUUACUUAAGUAUGAAUUAAAAAAAAACAAAGAAAAGGUUUCCAGUAAAUAUUCUAAUAAAGAAUAUUUUGAGGAAAAAAAUAAAAAAAGUCAUAAAUCAGAUUUUAUUUAUAUUAAUCCAUAUUAUUUAUUUAUAAAUUGGAUUUAUGAUAACGAAGAAAAAUAUGAGAUUGAUAAUAUAAAUGUUUUAUUCGCAAAUAUAUAUAUAAUUUAUAUUCUAAUUAUACUCAAUUUUUACAAUUAUAAUAAAGCAUUGAAUAUUUUUUGUAUAUUUGAUGAAGAAAAUAAUGAAAAAUACCAAAAAGUAUUAUUUCAAGAUAUAUUAAAGAAAUCAUGUAUUCUAUUUGAAUAUUACAAUGAAAAUGAAAUUUCAGUAUUAUUAUUAUGGAGUUUGAUGCUUCGAUUUUUACAAAUAUUUUUUUUGAAGUCAAGUUUUAGACAUAUGGCAAUAUCAUAUGGUAUAGUACCAAUAUUACUUAGCAAUUUAAAAGAAAUUAAAUCUACAUACCACAAAAAUUAA